AUGGCCGACCAAAAGGACGCCUUCCAGGUCCUGUCCAGUGAGAAUCGUGGUGCUAUCAUCACCUUGACCUCUGUCUCGCUCCUGAUCGUGGCCAUCAUCUUCGUGGCCGCCAAGUUCGGGUCUGCGAUCUACUUCAAGCAGCGACGGACCGCGGUCAAUACUCCCAUUUGGGCGGCUUUGAUUUUUGCAGUCAUCCAAGUCGUUCUCUUACAGAAGGCGGUUGAUCAUGGACUGGGAAAACACCAAGACCGGCUUAGUGAUGGCGACAUCCAGGCCUGGAGCAAGUUCGCCUAUGCUGCGCAUCUUCUGCUGAUCGUCGCCUUGUCGCUUUCCAAGAUGUCGACCAUUUUGCUGAUUUGGAAGUUAACGCCGAGUAAAAGCCUGCGUCGCAGCUGUGCUAUUGCCGCUGGUAUUGUCGUGGGCUGGUCAAUCUUCGCGGUGUUCGGUAUUGCAUUCCAAUGUGAGAUGCCUGGUCCGUGGUUGUACUCGCCUGAGCGAUGUGCUGGGGAGGGUGCCAUAUUCUACCCGAUCGCAGGAUUCAAUAUCCUCACGGAGGCUAUCAUCGUCGCCCUGCCCUUCAUAAUGAUGCACAAGGUCCAGAUGGUCUGGCACAAGCGAGUGAAGAUCCUGUCCUCCUUCUCCGCGCGCCUAAGCGUCGUCGCCCUCGGAAUUGCCCACCUCGCCCUCCUCCCCUCCUUCAGCCACUCUACUGACGUCUCCUGGGACAUUGUGAACUGGGAAAUAACCGGCCAAGCAAUGAUGCUCACAGCCGUUAUAGCCGCCUGCGUCCCAACCCUGUACCAUAUCUUCGCCGGCCUGCACUCGGGCUUAACCACAACACAAAUCCCCAAUGGGAUCGACCUUGAACUUCCGCAGACCAAGGCAAGCGGUCAGUCGCAGUCGCGGCCUCGGUCGCGCGGUCGCUGGAGGAAGAACGGGCGGUCGAUGUUCGAUGGGCGGGAUACGGAUGGAGUUGUUAUCACGGAGGUUUCAACGGGUGGAGAUCAGGGAGACAGGCAGUCUAGUUCUAGUGAAGGGGCGGAGAGCACAAGGCAUUUGACGCAAGAUUUGCAGGGGAAGGAGGGUGUGCUGAGGACGGUCGAUGUGACGGUGAGUGUUGAGAAACAGGAUCAUCGGGCAAGACAUUAA